AUGUCAACCUCACAACACUUGAAGGAGCCUAUCGCCGUCAUUGGUAUUGCCUGCCGACUUCCUGGCGGAAACACCAACCCUCAUAAACUCUGGGAGUUUCUCAAGAGGGGAGGUAUUGCGUCGAAUAAAGUUCCUGGAUCAAGGUUCAACAUCAACGGUCACUGGGAUGGCUCCCAAAAGCCUCGCACAAUGCGGCCGUUGGGAGGCAUGUUUCUUGAGGACAUUGAUCCUGCCGACUUUGACGCAUCCUUCUUUGAAAUAUCAAAGACCGAAGCCAUUUCUAUGGACCCCAACCAACGGCAAAUGCUCGAAGUAGUCUAUGAGGGACUCGAGAACGCUGGAAUUCCUCUGGAAUCUCUGGAUGGCGCCCCGGUUGGUUGCUUUGUUGGAUCCUACGCAUCAGACUACGGUGAUAUGCAGGCCAGAGACCCUGAAGAUCGGCCCGCUGCUAUUACCGUUGGUGUUGGAAGGUCGAUCAUGGCCAACCGCUUAAGUCACUUUCUGAACAUUAAGGGACCCAGCAUGACCAUUGAUACUGCUUGCUCAGGCAGUCUGGUGGGAAUCGACGUAGCUAGCCGCUACCUUCAGACCCGUGAGAUCGACGCAGCCAUCAUUGCUACAAGCAAUCUCUACCUCAACCCUGAGCAUGUUAUGGAUAUUGGUGGCGUAGGUCAUGCUCACUCACCCACUGGACUCUGUCACACUUUCGACGUCUCUGCCGACGGAUACGUGAAGGCCGAAGCUGUCAGCUCCGUGAUUAUCAAGAGACUUUCCGACGCUAUCCGCGACCGCGACCCCAUCAGAGCUGUCAUUCUUGGGUCUUCGACUAACAGUGAUGGACGCACACCUGGUAUCGCCAGUCCCAGUGCCGAGGCCCAAGCAGCUGCCAUUAGAGCUGCCUAUGCCAGUGCUGGCAUCACCAACUUUAACGACACUACGUAUCUUGAGUGCCAUGGAACGGGAACACAAGCUGGUGAUCCUACGGAGGUCAAGGGCGCUGCGUCAGUAUUCGCCAACAGUCGAUCUGCGGAUAAGCCACUUAUCAUCGGCUCGAUCAAGAGCAAUGUAGGGCACGCUGAGCCAUCUGCUGGUAUCUCAGGUCUCAUCAAGGCCGUGUUGGCCACUGAAAGCGGGUUAAUUCCCGGCAAUCCCACUUUCGAGAACCCAAGCCCUAAGAUUGAUUUUGUUGGCUUGAAAGUAAAGGCGUCCCGCACUGCCCUUCCUUGGCCCACUGGUGCUCCUCGAAGAGCCAGCAUCAAUUCAUUCGGCUACGGCGGCUCUAAUGCGCACUUGAUUCUUGAGCAACAAAACAUUCCUGGUGGUCCGCGUCAUAUUUCUUCAUAUCUUCCGGAUGAUGCGGAGUUCUCGCUAGAAGAUGAUGAGACAGAGAACCCGUACACUCUUGUACUCUCCGCCAACGACAGCGCGACUUUGCGCGCCAAUAUCAAGGCUCUGGCAAGCCAUCUCAUCAAUCCCCGCGUCAAAGUCAAUCUUCGUGACUUAGCCUACACGCUCUCAGAGAGGAGAUCACGUCUAUGGCAUCGAGCAUUCCUGACCACGCGCAGCCUGACUGACUUGGACGAAAACUCGUUUGUCGUAGGGAAGAAAAGCUCGGAGGCACCAAGAGUCGCUUUUGUUUUCACUGGCCAGGGCGCUCAAUGGCCUCAGAUGGGCAAGGAUCUUCUGCGUUACUUCCCAUGGACUCGCCAAAUUUUGGAAGAACUUGACAGUGUCUUGCAAACUCUCCCCAGCCCUCCGAAGUGGUCUCUUGUCGACGAGUUGACUGAGCCACGCACCGCAGAACACCUUCGCCAACCCGAGUUCUCUCAGCCGCUCGUGACUGCACUUCAGCUUUGCCUCAUUUCGGUACUCCAGAGUUGGGGUAUCAAGCCGCAAAGCGUCGUCGGCCAUUCAUCUGGAGAGAUUGCAGCUGCUUAUGCUGCUGGCUUCCUAGAUCGAUCGGGCGCUAUCAUCGCUUCUUUCUAUAGAGGCCGAGCGGCACUAAACCGUCAAGAGCAGGCUGAGAAAGACGUUGGCAUGUUAGCUGUUGGUGUUGGCGCUGAUGCUCUUGCGCCUUAUUUGGAGAAGUACGCCGGUGAAGCUUGGAUCGCUUGCUUCAACAGCCCCAGCAGUCUCACUGUAUCUGGCAAGCGAGUCCCCUUGGAGGCUUUAGCCACUGACCUCAAGUCAGACGGUCACUUCGCACGACUUCUCCAAGUCGACCUAGCGUAUCAUUCACCUUUGAUGGGAGUCAUUGGUGAAGAGUACGAAACGCUGUUGUCAACAGGCUUCACCUCAUUUGGAGGAUCCCCAGAUGUAUCAAUGUUUUCUUCCGUCACUGGAUCUAGGAAGACCACCACUACCGAUGGUGCCUACUGGAAAUCCAAUAUGAUCUCCCCCGUCAGAUUCAACGAGGCAGCUCAGGAAAUGCUCUCAGGAGAUAACGGUCCCAACUUCCUCAUUGAGAUUGGCCCAUCUGGUGCUUUGGGUGGUCCAGUCUCUCAGAUCUUGAAGUCUCUUUCGAACGGAUCUGAUAUAACGUCUGUUGCUGCAUGGUCUCGCGGCGCCAAUGCUGGAAAGACAAUUUUCAAUCUUGCAGGGCGCCUGUUCAUUGCUGGUGGUGGCGUCAACCUUGCUAAGGUCAACCGGUACUCUUGGGGCGACGCUGAGACAACGCCUCUCCCAAACACCAUUAUCGACCUUCCCAACUACGUCUGGAACCACUCAGUCAAGUACUGGCAUGAGAAUGCGGCAAGCAAGGACUGGCGUUUCAAACAGUAUGUCAAUCACGAUCUUCUGGGAAGCAAGGUACUUGGAACGACAUGGCGUUCGCCAACUUGGCGCAAGCUUUUGGAUAUUGCGGACGUUCCGUGGUUAAAGGACCACAAGAUGGGAGACGAUAUCCUCCUCCCGGGUUCCGGCUUCAUCACGAUGGCGGUCGAAGCACUCUACCAGAAGACAAGAGCCACAGCACUAGAUGAAGUCGCUAUUACGUCCCCGAACGAUUUGUCCUACAGGCUCAGAAACGUUCGGUUUGACAAGGCGUUGGUGCUCGAAGAGGGAGUAGAGGCGGCCAUCACACUAUCCCUCACUCAGCAGCCCGGGAGCAAGGAUUGGCAUGAGUUCCACAUUGCCACCCAUACGGCGGGGGUUUCCAUCGAGCAUUGCUCCGGAUUGAUCCGUGUACAAGAGCCCAUUCUCGAGCGCCUGGCAGAGGCCGACCGUCGCCCCCUGGAGUUUCCCACUACCGCCAAAAUCUGGUACAAGGCUCAGACCGCCAUCGGAUACGGAUUUGGUCCCGACUUUCAGAAGGUCAAGAACAUCGAAUCCAUCAGUGGUCAGCGACGCAGCCGCAGCUUGGUUUCCCUCGACGAGCCCAAAUCAAAGUGGUCUCCCCAGUCUUACUACCCAAUCCAUCCAGCAUCCCUUGACGGAUGCUUCCAAACCGUUACGCCCUCUCUCUGGGCAGGGGAGCACAGUUCUUUGAACGCGGUGUUGGUUCCUUCGGUUAUAGAUGAUUUAGUCAUCAACCAAGUCGACAAGAGGCUAUCAGAAGGGUUGUCCAUCGCGAGUUCAGAGUACUCCGGUCGCGGGAGGCUGGAAGAGGCCAAGAGCUACUUUGCUAACUGCUCGAUCCACGAUCCUACCACCGGCGCACUCCUUAUGCAGAUGCGCGGGCUUCGUUUUGCUAAGCUUGAUGUGGUUCCCAAGCCAGACCCUCAUACUUUCGACCGAAUCAGCUGGAGGCCUGAUAUCACAUUCUUCUCUCAGGAGAAUUUGGUUCAGCACGGGUCCGAGUUUACUGCUGGUUCUAUCAUCGACUUGAUUGCCCACAAGCAACCAAGAUUGCGAAUUCUAGAAGCGGACUUUGACGCCAAUGAUGGGUCUUCUACAUGGUUUCAAGACAACGAUUGGUCAUCGAGAGCGGCUUACACCCGAUAUGACUAUGUUUCAACGAAUGCGAAGCUUCUGGUCGGAAUUCAGACCCAGAAUGAAGGGAACAGAAAUGCUUCUUUCAGCCUCAUCAACCUCGAGAGCGGAGAUCUCGGCCUGCCAAGCGACGCUAUCUACGAUCUCGUCAUCGUUAAGGUCGCGGACAAGUCGUCUUCGAGCUUGGACCAGUUCUUGCAACGGCUCAAGAAUCAUCUCUCGAGUUCUUCGCACAAUCUCAUCAUUCAGCCCAGGCAACCAGAGCCAGAUGAAGCUGCGCCUGUGCCAUCCCUUAGAUCUACCUCACCGGAGUCCGAUGUGCCAGCGGGUCCCAGCACGCCCUCGGAGUCAGCCGGAUCUGAUCUGCCACCAGAGACCCCUUUCACAGACGUUUCCACCACGCCUGAAGAGGCAGUCGAACUUAAAGAGAAAGGUCAAUCGUCAGAUAUUUUGGUGGACACAGCUCUCAAGAGCCUUCUCGAUGCGAAUUUACGUUCAGAACUCCCUGAUUUUAGCGUCAAGCUCCAAGGGUCUACUUGGACGCUGUACAGUUUCGCGCCGACCAGCAAGGAGCAACAUUCCCCUCGCAACUUGGAUAUCGUCCGGCUUUCUCGGGGUGCCGCAGACCUCGAACCAUCAUUGAAAGAACAGCUGGAGACAUCUGGAUGGAGUAUCACGCAGCGAUCAGACUUAUCUGCAAUUCAUAGUCUCUCGGCUGACUCGACCGUUCUCAUUCUUGAUGAGCUACACAACCCUGUUCUCGCCGAUAUUGAUGGAGAACAAUGGUCUGCGUUGAAGACUCUCGUCAGUUCAGGACGCCCUCUUCUUUGGGUCACAAAAGGGGCGCAGCUCAAGGUCGCUGACCCAGACCUCGCCCUCGCUCAUGGCCUUUUCCGCGUCGUCCGAAGGGAGGAUGCCAGUGUCAAGAUCACCGUUUUGGAUGUCGAGUCAAGUGUUGGACCCCACACCGCGUGGGCCAUCAAGUCCGUCCUGGAGACUACACGCCAUAGUGGCACGUCGGGUGUCAAAGGAACUGUCGAGACGGAGUUCGCUGAGCGAAAUGGCGUUCUAUACGUGCAUAGAGUCGUGCCAGAUCUGAGAGUCAACGAGUUCAAGCGGGCUGAGCAGGAGGGAUCCGAGCCUGUCUUGGGAAGACUGCACGAAACUAAGGCCGCUGUUCAGCUUAGGUCGGAGCGUGUCGGAACCUUCCAGAGCCUCACAUGGAACGAGAUAGAUGUUUCUGAGGUUCCUGUUGAAGAAAGCACAAUCGAGGUUGAGGUCUUUGCUGUUGGUGUCAACUUUAAGGACGUCGCUGUUGCCAUGGGGAUUGUGCCUGAGAAUGAGUACACCAUUGGGUAUGAAGCAGCAGGUAUCGUCAAGAGGCUCGGCCCGGGGGUUACCAAGUUCCAGGAGGGCGAUCGCGUCUGUUUCUUGAACGGUGGUAGCUAUGCGAAUCGCCUGCAGGUUCCCAUCGGGCGCGCUCAUGUCAUCCCUGACUGGAUGAGCUUCGAGGAUGCGGCGACCAUUCCUUCCGUCUACCUGUGUUCGAUUUACUCGCUGUUCGAUAUUGCCAACUUGAAGGAAGGCCAGUCCGUUCUCAUUCACUCGGCAUCUGGUGGAGUUGGAAUUGCGUGCAUCCAGCUUGCUCAGUACAAGAACGCAGAAAUCUAUGUCACCGUCGGUACGGAGGAAAAGCGCCAGUUUCUUGAGGAGAACUACGGCAUCCCACGAAGUCGCAUGUUCUCUUCUCGCAACACGACAUUCGCAAAAGAUAUCUUGGCUGCAACAAACGGUCGCGGCAUUGAUGUCAUCAUCAACUCUCUUACCGGCGAACUUCUCGACGCUUCAUGGAGAAUCAUUGCCGACGGUGGAACCUUAGUUGAGAUUGGAAAGAAGGACAUUGUCGACCGCAACACCUUGUCUAUGGAGCCUUUCGAUCGCAACGCUUCAUUCAGAGCCAUGGAUUUCUCCUACACUCAGGACAUCCGGGACCCUUUGAUUGCAAGGCUUUUGGAUGAGAUUUUCGCCCUCGUCAACAGCGGACACAUCAAGCCAAUUCAUCCCAUCACGACCUUUGGCUUUGAUGCAGUUCCAGCGGCUUUGGCCUACAUUCGCAGCGGCCGUCACAUUGGCAAGGUGGUCAUUUCUGACGGAAGCAAGAAGGACGUCCAAGUCCCCAUCAGGCCAGCGAUACGGAGGCUCAAACUUCGAUCGGAUGCUUCAUAUGUCAUUGUUGGUGGCUUGAAAGGUCUGUGUGGAUCUCUCGCCAUUCACUUGGCACGACACGGAGCCAAGCACAUCAUUUCUGUGAGCCGUAGUGGCAUCGAGGACGUAGCUUCGCAAAAGGCAAUUAAAAACUGCGCCGCCUACGGCUGCGAGGUGCUGGAGGCUAAAGGUGACGUUGCGAACCUUGAGUUCGUCCGAGACGUCUUCAAGUCUGUGCCACGGGUGGCCGGAUUGAUUCAAGGUGCCAUGGUUCUAAGAGUAAGGAGCACCUAUCGCUACGUCAUUGGAGUAGUACUGACAGAUAUUCAGGACAAGCCUUACGAGACGAUGACUCUCGACGACUACCACACUGCCAUUCACGCCAAGUUCCACGGCACGUGGAACUUACAUCGCGCUUCGGAAGAACUUCAGUAUCCGCUUGACUUCUUCACCCUGCUGUCAAGUAUAUCAGGCAUUGUUGGCAACAAGGGACAAGCCAACUACUCAGCGGGAAACACAUUCCUCGAUGCUUUUGCCGACUAUAGGCGCGCUCUUGGCCUUCAAGCUAACUCGGUCGACCUCGGCCUCAUUCAAGAUGUUGGCUACGUCGCUGAGCAAGAAGGCUUCGAGGCUCGCUUCGACACUCGCCAGUGGACGCCUAUUACUGAGGGAACUCUUCGCAAAAUUCUCAGCUACUCUAUCCUUCAGCAAGACAAUGCGUCAGCGCCUAUCAAUGCUGAAAGCGCCGCGCAACUCGUCACUGGUAUCGGCUUCCCGUUGCCAGAGGACUCCGAUCUCACUCGCGAUCCCCGCUUUGGGUACCUUUUCCAGAACACCGGCACAGGGUCGGAUGGCAAGGACGGAAGUUCAGGAAAGCAAGGAGAUGAGACAAUUCGCGCGUUCCAUGCAUUGCACAAGUCAGGUGCUGACCGGACGGCUCUGGUCAAGGUUGGUGUUGAGGUGGUUGCAUCGCAACUGGCCAAGAUCCUCCGCUUGGAGACCGAGAUUGAGCCUGCUAAGCCUCUGAUGACGUUUGGCUUGGACUCGCUUGCGGCAGUUGAGUUGCGAAACUGGAUUCGUCUGGAGCUGGGUGCUGAGCUAACAACGCUUGACAUCACCAACGCAAGCUCCCUGAACGCAUUGGGUGACAAGUUGGUGGCAAAGCUGACACAAGCCUCUGUGGUCAGUUCUUGA